UCACACACACAUGCACCUCUCUCAAUAAUUACUCUUAUGCCCUCUCACUAAUUCGCGUUUAACUCCAAAAUAAAUAACUAAGGCAUACUCUCACGUGCAAUUCGUAGUCUAACAUUUUAUAAAACUCCGGAAUAAUUAAAAAAAAUUACGGGUCUCUACAUGUACAGCACACUUAUCUACCGUAUGGUAGUGGUUACGUGGAACAGAUUAGUUGUUAAGUUAUUUUCUGCAAUUAAAUGGAUAUAUGGAAGUAUCCGUCAAAUUUCUGUUCAAGGCAUGCCGGUUAACUGCUUAUGUGCUAUAAAUUAUUUAUGUGAAUAAACUUAAGCAAUAAAAUGAUUUUCAAAUCCCACAAGUAUUAGUAAAGAUCGAUUUUAUCGGGCGAGAGAGGUGUUUUUUCAAACAAAAUCUUCUCCUCUCGUAACCUGGCUCCCGAACCCAAAAUCUUUGAUUUAUUUUCAAAUUCAAAAAUCAUUUUCAAAUUCCAGGUUUCUCGGAUGGCAAACCAUUUCACAAAAACCCGAGUGGUGACUCUUCAAUUUCAAAUGAGCACACGGGGAGGCCUCCGAAAAAGCCUCUCGGGCUCUGGUAGCCCACAGAGUGAUUAUAAUCCUCCUCCGUUUAUAGUGAAUCCGUUGCCCCUCUGUGGAUGUACUUAUUUCCUUGGAAAACCACGUAUAUCGCUGUGUUGCGUGUGAUUGAGUGUUUGUGUUUGUUGGUUUCAUCAUAAUUCGGCACUAAAAUCUGGGUUUUGAAGCGGCGAUCUUAAAGCGGCAAUUACCCCGCGAUCUCUUCAUCAAAAUCGCCGGGGAGCUCGAUCUUGGCCGGUAUGUACUGUGUCCACGAACACCUCCUCCUAUGGCAUCAAAACGGGCUCUGUAUGUUGAUAUCUGUGUAAAUUGAUGCAUAUAUAUGUAUACAUGAUACUCUAAUAGAUAUACUCCAUUUGUGUUCUUUUAUAUGUGUAUAUAUUGAUGCAUAUAAAACAGACAUACUCCAUGUGUAAUUUUUUGUGUGUGUGUAUUUAUAUUAUUCGUUUGAUAUAGAUUCUAAUGUCCGAGUCUGAGGUGGGUAAAACUAGCAGUAACAGAGCCUUUCGAACAGAUUUUCGGUGACCAAGAAGCCUCGUUCAUUUAGUAGUCUUUUUCUUGGGGUUUGUUCAAUGUCUGCUAUGAAAUCCCAAGAAGCCUCUGCUUUGGCUUCUCCAUGUAGUUAUCAUGUGUUCUUGAGCUUUAGGGGCGAGGACACUCGCAAGAUUUUCACUGAUCACCUCUACAUAGCAUUGGACCAAGCCGGAUUUCGCACCUUCAGAGAUGAUGAUGGCAUAGAAAAAGGAGAAGACAUCAAGUCUGAACUAGAGAAAGCAAUUCGAGAGUCGAGGAUUUCAAUAAUCGUCUUCUCGAAGAACUAUGCCUCGUCAACUUGGUGCCUUGAGGAGCUUGUGAUGAUCCUCAAACGCAGGACUCUUGGACACGUAGUUCUACCUGUCUUCUACGAUGUGGAUCCGUCUGAAGUGAGGAAGCAAAUCGGCAGUUUCGAAGAAACAUUUAUAAAGCAUGAAGAGAAGCUCAAAUCAGAAACAGGUGAGCUCGUGAAAGAGAAAUUGAAGGAAAAGGUAGGAACAUGGAGGGCAGCGCUUAGAGAAGUUGCAGAUUUGGCCGGGAUGAAUUUACAAAAUCAAGUUGAUGGACACGAGGCAAGGUUUAUCAAGAAAAUAAUAAAAGUAGUUGGAGACAAGCUAAGUCGCACGACCUUGAACAUUGACCCCAGCUUGGUUGGAAUAUAUUCACAGGUCAAAAACAUUCAGCUUUGGUUACAAGAUGGGCCACGUAAUGUUGGAAUAGUUGCAAUUUGUGGAAUGGGUGGAAUAGGAAAGACAACCACUGCAAAAUUUCUGUAUGAUUUCAACUUCUCGAGAUUCGAAGGUAGUAGUUUUCUUGAGAAUGUAAGAGAAACUUCACAACAACAAGAUGGUUUACUUCGCUUACAAAGAAAGAUUCUUUCAGACAUUUUGAAGACAAGGAAAGUAAAACUGAACAGUAUUACUGAAGGAACUGCUAUGAUAAAAGAUGCCAUAUGUUGCAAAAAAGUUUUUGUAGUUCUUGAUGAUGUGGAUAAACUUGACCAAUUAGAUGCACUACUUGGAGUGCGAGGUUGGCUUUUUUCUGGAAGUAAAAUCAUCAUAACCACCAGGCGUGAGCGGUUGCUAGGGGUUUAUGAAUUCUAUAAGGUGCAUAGGAUUCAACAUCUGAGUCACGAGGAAUCCUUGGAGCUCUUUAGCUGGCAUGCCUUUGGAAAAUGUUGUCCUAACAAUGGGUAUGAAGAGGUCUCAAAAAGGGUGGUAAGCUACUGUGGAGGGAUUCCAUUGGCAAUUAAAGUUCUAGGCUCUUCUUUAUCAGGGAAUUCCUUAAAUGUAUGGAAAAGUCAAUUGGAAAAAUUAAAAGUGAUUCCCGACAGUCAAAUCGUAGAAAAACUCCGAAUAAGUUAUGACUAUUUACAAGAUGACCACGACAAACGUCUAUUCCUUAAUCUUGCUUGUUUUUUUGUUGGAAGCGAUAAGGAUUCUACAGUUAUAGUCUUAGACGGAUGUGAAUUUUACACAGUGGUUGGAAUACAAAACCUCAUGGACAGAUGUCUGAUAUCCAUUGACGAAAGUAAUAAACUGCUAAUGCAUCAUUUGCUUCAACAAAUGGGAAGAGAAAUUGUUCGUCAAGAGUCACCAGAGGAGCCAGGCAAACGUAGCAUCCUCUGGAAUCAUAAAGACACAUUUAAUGUCUUAAGAGAAAACAGUACUGUAAGAAUUAUACUUUGCUCCUUAUGGCACAAGCAAAAUAGAAGGCCUCAAACUCGAUACGUCUUUGCUGAAAGAGGAAGCAUAUACUUCCUUGGGAAGCCCUUAUUGUCAAAUUUGGGUGGUUCGCUUAAAAGAUAUGGUUACGGUAUCUUCUCCUCUCACCUCGAACCCACAGAUCCAGAAAAUUCAAAUCCAGUGGCUUUGGAAGCUGAUGCAUUUGCAAGGAUUAAAAAACUAAAACUUCUAUAG